CGCCGUGCCUCCCGGCACAUAAAAGCGGGCGGCGGAGCCGGGCACGGCAGCGCGGCGGACGGUGACCGGCGAUGGAGCAGCCGGUGCAGACGGAGAUGUGGAAGGCGGGGAGCCUGGAGGAGCUGGUCCGCAUCCUCCACCGGCUUUUCGCUGAGGACAAAGUCAGCGUGGAGGAGGUGCAGGCGCUGAUGGAGUCCUACGAGAGCAACCCCGACGAGUGGCUGCAGUACGCCCAGUUCGAUCAGUACAGAUACACAAGAAAUCUUGUGGACAAUGGAAAUGGAAAGUUCAACUUGAUGAUCUUGUGCUGGGGUGAAGGACAUGGCAGCAGCAUCCAUGACCACACUGAUUCACACUGCUUUAUGAAGAUUCUCCAGGGAAAUCUAAAGGAGACUCUGUUUGAAUGGCCUGAGAAAAAAGGGAAUGGUGAAAUGACUAAGAAAUCAGAGAGAGUUUUGAGAGAGAAUCAAUGUGCCUAUAUUAAUGACUCAAUUGGCCUGCACCGUGUGGAGAACAUCAGCCACACAGAGACUGCUGUCAGCCUGCAUUUGUACAGCCCGCCCUUUGACAGCUGCAACACCUUUGACCAGAGGACGGGGCACAAGCACAAAGUCAAGAUGACCUUCUACAGCCAGUUUGGAGAAAGGACUCACUGUGCCAUGGCAAUGCCACAGGAGAACAACUGAGGAGCACCAGCACGCGUUUGCACAAGACCUGCUGAAUGUUGAACCAGGGACAGAAGACUCAUGUGGCUCUUUGUAUACUUUGUGUGUAGACAUACACUAGGGCAGCUUCCAGCAAACCCCCAUUUUCCCUGAGUGAAUGGUGAUCAUGGGACACUAAGCCAGCUAGUGCCAUCAACUACUUCAGAGGUUAGAUGCCUUUCCUUGGGCUACUGCCAAGUCAGAAUUAUGUAGUUUGUUUUCUGAUUCUAGCCUCCUUUUGAUUCUGCUUCUGUUAGCACACUGAGAGUAUCAGAAAUAGGGUUUUAAACAUCAUCUGACACUACGUAAUAGGCCUAGAUGUAUGUAAAUUCUCAGUGUAAUUAAUAACCAUGUACACUUGUAAGCUUCCAGUCACUUGUACCUAUGAGUAGUACACUAGAUACAAUUAGCAGAUUUUUUUUCUUUUUUUAUUAGCUCUUUCAGGCUUUAAUGAUCUAAGCCAUUUGAUAGUUUUGUGCAUUUUUUACUUUUUUUUUUUUUUUUUUUUUUUUUUUUUACAAUUUCAUUUGUUGGAUCUUGUUUUAAAUAGGAGCAGCAAAAUGCUUCAUGCACAAUGAUUUUCAAAACUGGGCAGAGAUUUGGGGUUUUAAUAAGACUAAUCAUACUUAACACAACUGAUGUCCAGUUUCCAAAGUGUUCUGUGUUCUGCUACUGAAGUCCUUUCAGGUAACUGAAAUAAAACUGGAUUUGUGUACAGAUUU